UUCAUCAGUCUAUUUUCACGUUCGUAGCUUCAUUCGGAGCCAUAUUUUCCACGGGAUAUUUUUCACAGAAUUUCACCAAAAGGGUGUGUGAAAAACGCCGUGAAAAUACGAAAAUUGUACGCUAAAGUGUGUCAAUGAGAGUUUGAGUGUUUUUCAACGUGUCCAGCGUGUGGUUUUAUGAGAAAAUUCGUAAAAUAUUGCUGGGUGACGUCAUAGGUUCAAGGUCUUCAAGAAGCCAGAGAGUAGGCCAAUGCAGUGAAAAUGUCCGUUCAACAAUUUUGUUUGCGCUGGAAUAAUCACCAGCCCAAUUUUAUUUCGGUCUUCUCGUCCCUCCUGCACAAUGAAACCCUCGUGGAUGUCACCCUGGCGGCGGAUGGGAGUCAGCUACAAGCCCACAAAGUCGUUCUGUCUGCCUGUAGCACCUACUUUGAAAGCCUGUUCACAACGAAUCCUUGCCGCCAUCCAAUAGUCAUCCUCAAGGAUGUUCGGUACAGUGAUUUAAAAACAUUGGUGGACUUUAUGUACUAUGGUGAAGUGAAUGUGUCACAGGAACGGCUGCCGCAUAUAAUAAAAACAGCAGAGAUGCUCAAGAUAAAGGGCCUGGCGGAAAUGUCAGAUGCUGCAUCCCUUAGUAAAUCGGAGAGCAAGUCCUCAUCAUCAGACACUGAGACAUUGACGACAAAUGUAAUUGUGAAUGAUGAUGGUGAGUCGUUAUGGCGCACAUCGCAUACUCAACAUUCUCUCCUCCAUCGGCAGCAGGCAACGCAAUCUACGGCAGGUGGGACGUCGCAGCAGCAACAGCAGCAGCAGCAGCAGCAGCAACAGCAGCAACAACAGGCGCCCCAGCAGACGGCACACAUUCACAGCCGGAGGACACCGUCGCCGGCAACAAUGUCACCGGCUGCACGCCGGAAGCGUCUACGAAAAUCAUCCACCGGUAUGCCAGAGUAUCCAAUACGUAAGGAACAUUACGUAACUGAUGAUGACUUCCGCCCAGGUUCGGGCUCAGUGUCCACAGCCGAUCGUACAUCCGGGGAGGAGCACAGCAACCUCGAGGGUGGCCCCAGUGGUACCUCAACCAUACACAUGUCGCACAUGGAUCCCAUGUCCUUUGCAACGGCCAGCAAUCUCACGUCCACCAUCAGUAAUGCACGAAUUAUAAAGGAUUCCCCCAGUUCUGAUACGGAACAACCGCAGCAUGAAACAUCGCAGGAGAGUGUCGAUGAGCAAGGAUCUGUACAGCAUCAUUCUAUUGUUGUGAAGUCUGACACUGAUCUGGAUCAUGUGUCACAGCCGAUGCCUUUGGACAUUACUGGAUCAUCAUCAUCUGGUCAGGGUCCAUCAGUUUCUCAGGCACAGUCUCAGCAUUCUGGUGUGCAAUGGACAGUUGUUGAAUCAAGCUAUCCCCGUUUUGCCCUGUCAUCGUGCCCCACGAAUAUUGGCAUGAGCGGAGCAACGCACAACCAUCCGGACGAUGGGCAUCAGCAGCAGGGUGGAAAUGGAGCCAAUGGGAAUAGUACAAAUCAACCGACGGCGGCAGGAACGACGGCAUCCGGUGGUGGUGGUGGAGCAGCUAGUAGUGGUGAGAGUGCUGGUGCAUCCUCGUCCUCAGUUCACAUGACACAGUAUCAGGGUUCCACGUAUCCUACACAAAUAAUCUCCGUUAAUAAUUACUCACAACCCUUGUCGACACCAACAUCGCCCCAGGGGGAGACAUCGCUUGUUCAAAGUGUCUAUAGUCAGGGUACAACACCCAAUCAAUCCCCAAUAAAUACAAAGCAGCAACAACAGCAGCAACAGCAACAGGCAUCAACUGGUACGCCGGCACCGCAGAAGAGGAAACGUUCCGUCAAUCCGCAGGGUGAUGAGAAUUUCAUUCGUGCCCUAGAAGCUGUACGAUACGGUGGUAUUGGCUUCUGCAAGGCAGCAAGACUAUUUGGUGUGAACAAUCGUACACUGUGGUUGGAGUAUAAGAAACGCGGCUACCCCAUUAGUAGGCCAAGUAUCAAAAGUCGCAUUAAAUUGGAGCCCAAUGUCUCCCCGCAGCCACCCCCAACGCCAACAAAUGAGGAGAAUACAAUGGAAAAUUAUGAACAUAUCGCCCAACCGACUAUUAAUAUGCCCAUUUCGAGUACUACCACGGCAGCAACACCGGAAACACCCACCUCGGCACCCAUUAUGUGCCCCCCACAUGCCCAUCCUAUGGGUGUAAUGAGUUUCCUCGAUACGCGCCACGUUGAAUUCCCAUCGGUGCAUCCAAUGGCACGACAGAGGUACCCCGAUACGCCAGUUAACGUCAAUCCUUCAGCCAUGAAUCUACAGGGCCUCAAUUUUAACACAAUGUAAAUUCCCCCCUCCUUCUUCGUCUUUUCUCUGUGUGAUGAAGGAGUUGCAAAAUUCAUUUUGAAAAAAAAAAAGAAGAAAAUACUUGAAAUACCACCAGUUAAAUUAUCCUGUAAAAAAAAGAAGCCACGACAUUGGAAAGAAGCCCAAACAAGCAGACCUAUCUAUCCCUUUUUGAUGGGGGUAGGUGUACAAAAUAAUAAAUUUUGAGACAAAUUUCUCCGACGAAAAAUGAUAACAAAGGAGACUUUAGGAGGACAGAAAUCCUUCCGGAAGAAGAAGAAGGAAAAAGAAGAGUCCAGUAAAAAGUUGUAAAUGUUGAAAUUUGUGGGAAAUUGUGAAAAAGUAGAGGAAAAAUCUAAAAAGUCCUCCAAUAUACCGCUGAGCGAGAUAUUAACGCAAUUCGCCAAAAUUAGACUUUACUGAUCGCUGAGGAAGACGCGCAAACUGCGUCGAAAGCUCCAGAGGUAGUUGUUUUAAUUCGGCUGGAUUAAGACGCGGGUUUCCUGCCAACACUUCCGGAAAGAGUUCUGUGCUCCUAAAGUCUCCUUUGUCAACAUAAUAAAGGCAAAAAUAAAUAAAUAAACAAAACCAACUGGUACCUAACAUCAAGAGAGAAAUAGUGCUGAAAACUCACAACAUCUGUUUGACUCUGAAACAGUAAAAGAAAAAUUUACUUACAGAAGAAAAUACUAAUUAAUUAAUUAAUAAAUUAAAGAAAGUAAUGUGAAUAAUGAAGAUAUUUUUUAUCAUCUUCCUUUUUUAUGUUUAUCCCAUGCCAUACUAUUAUAUAUAUUAGAAAAUAUAUAUGAUAUCUUGUAAUCUACAUGUAGGAAAAGAGGUAGGCAAAAAAACCGGAGGAUAUAUUUCACACACAAUUAAACUCUUUUAAAAUACAAUUAAUAAUUAUAGAUUUAUGCCACUCUUAAGUGUAGGUAAAAGAUGUAGGUUGUAGGCCACAAUGUAAAAAAGAAAAAAAAUGCUAUAUAGAAAGGUAUAAAGAUCCUUCCUCGGUGAAAUUGUUCUCUCUCUUAAUUUUUGUUUUUGAGAAAAAAAUUCUUUUUUUUUUGUUUAUUUUGAAAAGUCAACUGAAAAAAAUUAACUUCCUUUUGAGAAUUUGAGAGGGAAGAGAAAAGAAAUUGAGAAGGAUAAAUAAUUAAUUUUCUUUUGGCUAAAAAAAUUAGCCUAAAUGGAAAUCAAUCUCUAUGUUAUUGGAGAAGUGUAAAAAAAAUAUUUAGAUUUUUUAUUUUACUAUAUUUAAUCGUGAGAUUAUUGAUUUAUGUGGUAGUGCAAAAUAUAUUUGUAAAAAAAUGUCAGAGUACUCAUUCCUGAGCUAAUGUACUGUUUUUUAUUAUUCUGUCUAUUGUGUAAAAAAAUCAAAGAACAAUAUUUGUUUAGUCACUUUUUUUUUGUCUUUUCAAUUAAUAUUAUGUAUACUAACAUGUUUUUUUCUCUUUUUUUAAUUAAUGUGUACUUGUAUGAAAGAAAUGAAGAGAAAAGUGAAUGCAUGUGAAUAGAAAUGUAUAGGCUAAUUCAAGUACUAUUUAUGCACACUAAAUUAGAUAAAAAUUAAUUAAAAAAAAGAAAAGAAACUUUUAGAAUAAAAUAAAUAGGGCUAAAAAGAAUGUGGAAACUACCUACCUUAAAAAAGAAAAGUAAAUAAAAUAAUGAAUGAAGAAUAUUUCUCAAUGUGAAUUGCAAGCUAGCACAUUUUAGUGUUAUCGUAUACAAAAAAAAUCUUUCUUUUCUUAUUAUAUAGCUUCACUGUGGCCAUAAAAGGGGAUUUUUUUCUAGUUCUACCGUGGGGUGGGAAAGAGUGAAGAGUAUGAGUAUAUAAAGAGGAAGUUUAGUAAAGAAGAAGAAUAUUUUCUUGCAACAACUUCACUUUGCAUUCACAAUCUGAAAUAUUUAUAGUGGAGUAUACAUAGAAAUUAAAACGAAUUUUUCACUGAAAGAGUAGUUUAAUAUUGUAGUGUAUUUCUUCUAAAUAAUUAAACAAAAAAAAGAUAAAUGAAGGUACGAAAGAAUAAAAGAAAAGAAUAGGAUUGUUGGUAAAAGUGAAGCUCCUGCAGUAGCUGUGAUUCUUAUACGUUUAACCAUCAUUUUCCAUUGAAGAACGUCAAAGACGAUCAAAAAAAUAAUUUUAUUUUAACCUUCUGCUAGUCUAUUAAACCACCUAAAUGAUUUUAAAAGUUAUUCGUUGUACAUUUCUUUUGUAUUUCUUCAACAAUCUCAAGUUAAAAAAAUUUCGCAAAGAAAAUUCAACUAAAAGCCCCCAAUAUUUAUCCAGUGAGUCAUAAGAAUCGCAGCUGAAAAAAAAAUUGAAUGAAGAAAGAAAAAAUAAAUAAAUAAGGAGCUUAGAAAAGGAACAAAAAUACCCAAAAAAUGGUUAAAAGUUCUCAAAGACUUGAGUAACGUGGAUAAUGUGUGUAUAGAGAUGAAAAGAAAGCGCCACAAGUAAAAAAAAAAAAAAACAAGUAAGAAAUUCAUGCGUGUACAUAAUGUAUUACUGAAUGUUUUAAACUAAUUUCUCAUUUAAAAGAAAAGAGAUGAGAGAAAAAUAUUAAGAAAUAGGGCAUUCGUGUUUAAAACUAAGAAAAAGAAAAUUUAUUAAUACAAGCUAUAGUUACAGAAUAAUGAAAAUAAGUUUAAAAAUAAUAAAAGAAAAGUAAUAUUAAGUGUGAGAUGCAUAGGAGAACAAUAAUGUAAAAAAAAAAACAAGCAAAUGGAGGUGGGACAGAUAGAUCCUUCCGCGAGGUAAAAAAAAAACGAACAACAUUGAGUAGAAUAUUAUGUAAUCAAGUUUUAAUUACAUAUUAAAAAUAUCACAAUUGAAAAAAAAA